UAUUUAAAUGCCAUGCAGUGUCCCACUGUCAAAACAUAGGCCGUGCGAGGGUACAACAGUAUGGUGGAACUUUUUGAGACCAACACUUAUUUCUUCAACGAUCUGCGCUAUCUCGAGGGAGAUCAUGGACCAUUGCAGCACUUGGACAUGGCGGGGGUGUCCCCUUUGUACCACGGGAAUGACAGCCCGUUGUCACCUGGGGGGGAUCCGUCCGAGACUGGAUGUGACAGCAGCGGAGAGGAGCAUGUCCUCGCACCCCCUGGUCUUCAGCCACACUGCGAGGGACAGUGCCUCAUCUGGGCUUGUAAGGUUUGUAAAAGAAAGUCUGCACCAACCGACAGGCGCAAAGCGGCCACUCUCAGGGAAAGAAGGCGGCUCAAGAAGAUCAAUGAAGCAUUUGAUGCGUUGAAGAAAAAGACCGUGCCCAAUCCGAACCAGCGGCUGCCCAAAGUGGAGAUUUUACGCAGCGCCAUAAACUACAUCGAGCAAUUGCAGGACCUGUUGCAUACACUGGAUGAGCAAGAAAAAACGCCUCAAAAUGGCUCAUAUAACUAUAACGUGAAAGAACACCAUGCGUCCAAUAAGGAGUACCAUUGGAAGAAGACCUGUCAAAACUGGCAGACCUCAGCUGAUCAUUCCAAUGCACCAAUGACGAAUCAGAGAGAAGGCUUCACGGAGUCUUCAGCGUCCACCAGCCUUCUUCGCCUGUCAUCAAUCGUUGACAGUAUAUCAAGUGAAGAGAAACCGACUUGCAACGAAGUCUCAGAAAAAUAAAUCAUGAUUUAUUGGAAUUUUGUAGCCUGUAUAAGCGACGUCAGCAUUUCAUAUUUCCAUUGUCUAUUUCGAAAUUAUUUUCAUUUCUUUAUUCAUAUGUUUUAGUUUCCAUUUACUUAUAUUCAUUUGUGCAAAUUAACGGGCAUUUUGUAGUCAAUGUUUUCUUUUAAAUUGUAUGAAUGGUCAAUAUUUUCUUUCUAAAGUAUGACAACAAUGGAACUAUAAUAUUUUAUUUCCAAAUGGACAUUUGAUAAUUGUAAAUAUUUUAUAAUAUAUUAACAACUUAAUUUAUUUUACAUAUAAAAGGCAGAAACACAACCUCAAGAGAUUCAUUGUUGUAUUUGAGUAUUUAUAUAUGAACUGACCAACAAAUAAAUUGUAAGCAUUGUAUCUUACAAGGCAUCUA